AUGCCAUCCGACGGCCGCAUCGCCUCAGAGCACGUCAGGCCCGGCGACGAAGGAGAGCCUCCAUCGCAGCAUAACUGUGAUGGGAAGCACGACGGCAGCGAUCCCACUAUCAGCAUUUCGUCGACGAGCAAGAUGGCCGGCCAGACCGUCGCGCCAUUCCUGGCGAGACAUAUCCCCGAACAGUACGCCCCGCUGGGGGUUGCCCAGCCGCCGACGCUGUUGAUGUCGACCAAGAAGAAGGAGGAUCCUAAUACAAGAUACUGCUACCGCCACCGACCCGACUCCAAGUGUCGGAGGACAGCAGACGAGCCCACUAUGGAGAACCUGCAGCGCGACCUCGAAACAUUAUCACAGUCUGACCAGCAAGGUAUUUCCCACGUCUGGUCGCUCUUCUCCGCCGCCCCCGCGAAGCAUCGAAAUCUGAUGCUGCAGGGCAUCCUCGCCCAAUGCUGUUUCCCCCAGCUGUCAUACCUAUCUACCGCCGUCCGCGAUCUCAUACGAAUCGACUUCAUUACCGCCCUUCCCCACGAGAUCGCGUUUAAGAUCCUGUGCUAUCUGGACACCACGUCGCUGUGCAAGGCAGCCCAGGUCAGUCAAAAAUGGAGAAUAUUGGCCGACGACGACGUGGUAUGGCACAAGAUGUGUGAGCAGCACAUCGAUAGAAAGUGUACAAAGUGUGGCUGGGGUCUACCAUUACUGGAGCGCAAGAGGCUGCGUGAUUACAAGCGUCAGCAACAACUACGAGCAACCGGGCGAGGAUUGAAUGAGUGGUCACCCGACAUCACACCGAUGCCAGAGGACCGUGGCAUUACCGAUAUAGCCAAAGUGACCUCCCCGAGGGUAUCCAACAAACGCCCUGCAGCUGAAUUAGCGGUAGAAUCUCCCGCGGGCUCCAAAAGACAGUGCACAAACGGCAUCAACGUUGAAGAAUCUUCAUAUUUCGAUCGGCCCAAGUUCCGGCCGUGGAAGGAUGUCUACAAAGAUCGUUUCAAGGUUGGUACGAACUGGAAAUACGGACGGUAUUCUACGAAGGUCUUCCGUGGCCACACCAACGGCGUCAUGUGUCUCCAAUUUGACGACAAUAUCCUCGCGACCGGGUCCUAUGAUAACACCAUCAAGAUUUGGGACAUCGAGACAGGGGAAUGCAUCCGUACGCUUCGGGGGCACACUCUAGGAAUCAGAACGCUGCAAUUCGAUGAUACGAAGUUGAUCAGUGGGUCUAUGGACAGUACCAUCAGAGUAUGGAAUUGGCGAACGGGAGAAUGCAUUUCAACAUACACUGGACACACCCAAGGCAUCAUAGGAGUACAUUUCGAAGGCAACAUCCUUGCCUCGGGCUCCAUUGACCGGACUGUCAAGAUCUGGAACUUCGAAGAUAAAUCCACCUUCUGCUUACGGGGGCAUAAGGACUGGGUUAAUGCCGUGAGAGUGGAUGCCGCAUCACGGACCGUCUUUUCCGCGUCCGACGACUGCACUGUGCGUCUCUGGGAUCUAGAUACACGGCGCACGAUUAGGACCUUUGAAGGCCACGUGGGCCAGGUCCAACAGGUGGUCCUGUUGCCGGCAGAAUACGAACCAGAAGAUCCAGAUGCUGAAGAAGACGUUGACGAUGGUGCCUCAUCCAGCUCUGCUCCCAUGGACCCCCAAAGUCCGCACGCCGAACACACAGACAUCUUCGCUACCUGGCCACCAUCUCGUCCUCGUCCCGUCCGCUACAUGCUGACCGGCGCCCUAGACAGCACAAUCCGCCUCUGGGAUAUAGCGACUGGCCGUUGUCUCAAAACCUUCUUUGGUCACGUGGAGGGUGUUUGGGCUCUUGCCGGGGAUACGCUGAGGUUCGUCAGUGGCGCCGAGGACCGAAUGGUCAAGGUUUGGGAUGCGAGGAGUGGGAAGUGUGAGCGGACCCUAGCUGGCCAUGAAGGUCCGGUUACGUGUUUGGGACUCAGUGAUAGCAAGUUGGCCACGGGGAGUGAGGAUUGUGUCGUGAGAGUGUUGAGUUUCAAGAGUGACGAGGAGGAGAGGGAUGGUCAUGGGACCCAGACCUCUCAGGCCUAA